GCCGGCCUGACGGUUGACGUCUUGUUUCGCACCUGUCGCCUUCACCGCUCACGCUGCGCCUCGCCUCGCGCGAAGGAGGAAAAAACUCUGGAAUGAUCCUUCGGCCAGCGCGCCGGGAUGAAGAUCAGGCACCACCGCUCCGUCGGAUCAAGUUUCCAUUGCCACGGCGUCACAACGACCGGGGAGUGGUCGAGACUUUUUUUUUUUUGCUCUUUGGUGACGUGGUGGGGCCGGUGGACGGACGAUGCCGACGGGAAUGCGCGAGACGGAAAACGGGGCGAGAGCGAGAGCGAGAUGCGAGAUGCGAGAUCCGGGAUGCUGGUGUGGGGUUGGAGGAUGGAGGAUUGCCUCUCCGGGUGGCUGCGGCGCGGCGUGGGGCAUCGUGAGCUUGAUUUCUCUCGCUCUUUAUCCUCACCUUUAAGCCAGCCCAUCCACCAUGUCAUCCACCGCUCACACCCACACCCUCACCACCUUCCGCUACGAUCCCGCCACCCAAACCUACCCCACGCGCUCCGCCGACCGCGCACUCGGCCACAAUGAAGUCCUGAUCAAGACGACGCACGCCGGCAUCUGCUACACCGACGUGCACGCCAAGCCCAAGGGCUGCGGCCUGGGGCACGAGGGCGUCGGGCGCGUCGUGCGCGUCGGCGCGGGUGUCAGGGAGAUCGGGAUUGGAGAUCGCGUCGGCUGGGGAUGGUUACACCAUUCCUGCGGCCACUGCGUCGUCUGCCUCGAUGGAUACCGUCAAUACUGCGCCGACGCGCGCGGAUUCGCCUUUGGUGAGCUGGACCAGGGCGCCUUUGGCGACUACGCCAUCUGGGACGAGACGUUUGUGUACCCGAUCCCGGAUGAGAUAUCAUCUGCGGCCGCUGCACCGCUCAUGUGCGCCGGCGCGUCCACGUACGAGGCCCUCAUGGCAGCCGACACCAAGCCGAGCGACCGCGUCGGCGUCGUCGGUCUCGGCGGGCUCGGUCACAUGGCCGUCUUGUUCGCGCGCGCCAUGGGGUGCGAUGUGACGGUGUUUUCGCGCAGUGGGGAAAAGAGACAAGACGCCCUGGCUCUUGGCGCCGACGAGUUUGUUGCCCCGCAGAAAGCUUCGUCGGGCCCCGUGGAGCGCGCCAAUGUCAACGUGCUCCUCCUCUGCGCAAACGCCGUCCCCGACCUCGAGGGUUACCUUCCCCGCCUCGCACGCAUGGCGCGCAUCGUGGUCAUGACGAUCCAGGCCGAACCACUCAGCGUGCCAUACAUGCCGUUUGUGCUGCCGGGGCACCGUCUCAUCGCCUCGACCGAGGCAUCGCGCCGCAACCAUAUCGACAUGCUGCGCUUCGUGGCGCGCCACAACAUCCAGCCAUGGGUGCAGACGUUUCCGCUGACGGAGCAGGGCGUUGCGGACGCGUUUGCGACGCUGGAGAGGGGGGAGAUGAGGUUCCGGGGCGUGCUUGCGGCGGAGGGCGCUGAGGAAGAAGAGAGAGAGAGAAAGCGAGAGCAGCGAGAUUGA